AGCGUAUAAAAAUGAGCAAAACUACGAAAAGCACACAUAAUCAAAGCAACCACAAUAACGACGAUAAAGAAGCUGGACAAUAUGACGAGAUGUCGGACGAAUUGACGGUUUCCAGCUCGGACACAGAUGUUGUGCAAACGCGAAAAUCACGCAAACUUCAGCCAACAGAUGCCGCAGAUCAUGGGGAGGGUGGCAUGUACGACCGAGGUGGUCGGCGACGGCGCCGCAGUGGUAGACGAAGUGGUAGUCGACGCAGACGUUCACGUUCACGUUCUCGCAGACGUCGCCGCCGCUAGAUGCAUUUUAUUCCUGGCAGUUUACUUUUUUAUUUUUUGGAUAAAUUUCGUGUGAAGA